CAGUCUGGCAACUCUGUACGACAGUUGCCAACGGAAAGCAGUCGGCGUAGUAGAAAUUUACCGUGCCUCGCAGUAGAGCUUCGCAUGACUGAGCCGGGGGUUUAAGAGGAAAAAAAGAAGAAAGAUUCGGUGAUCGGGUGGGGUAGGACUCACCAGUUUAGCCUGGCGAGAAGUUGCGGACCCGAAAGAACGACCGGGAGACCGCUGGAUUGGGUUCCAUGGCCGCAGCCGGCGUGCCCAAGCUGUACAGGAGUGUCAUCGAGGAUGUCAUAAAUGGAGUCAAGGACGUCUUCCUGGAUGAAGGCGUGGACGAACAGGCUCUUCAGGAGCUACGUCAGAUCUGGGAAAAGAAGCUGCUCGAGUCGAAGGCCAUUGACCCUCCCGACCAUCCUGUGCCCGCCGCGGCAGGCCGGCAGCAGGCUACAGCCGCUACAUUGCAGCCUACCCCACAGGCCAUUUUGGAAAAGAUACCGAGACGCAACCCUGCUUUUGCAGCCACUGCCCAGCCGCUGACGAUAGGACCCAAUGGCCUGAUGCAGCCCACACUGGUUCAGUACCACACACCCAUCCGGGGCCCAGGCCUGGUGGACCAAAAGCUGAUCAUCACACAACAGCCCGGCCAGGCGCCAACUGUCAUGUCCUCUUCGGCCGCGGCCGCCGCCCUGGCUCUUCAUCCCGAUGUGGCAGCCAGCCUUAUACAGGGCGGCGUCAUCAACAUGGGCGACCGCCAGACUGGCAACCCCGGUGCCCAGCUCCAGUUCCAUCCCGUAGUCACUCUCGCAGGCGAGCACUACACCACCACCACAGCCACCGGACAGGUGUGUCCCAACAGGACAGUAUCGCUACCCUUUGCAUUGCCUGCGCAGGUGGUUACAGCCGCAGGCGCGCAAACCACCCUGGGAAACGUGGUCCAGUUGGAUGGGGCGCGAGACACGAGCGACGAGGAUGAUGACGAAGACGAGUUCAACGAGGACGAUGAGGAAGGCAACGAGGACGGGCCUCAGGAUGAUGAGAACGAGGAUGGCCCCCAGGAGGAGGUGGAGCCUCUAAACUCUGAUGAUGACGUGUCGGACGAGGAAGCCACUGAAAACUUUGAGAUUGACAACGUGGUCGUCUGCCAGUACGACAAGAUAUCCCGGAGUCGCAAUCGGUGGAAGUUUCACUUCAAAGACGGGAUAAUGAACCUCCAAGGAAAAGACUACGUCUUCCAGAAGGCAGUCGGAGAUGCUGAGUGGUGAAGCCCUUCCUCGAGCCAAGGCACUGGAAGCCUUGCCAAGAGUGAAAAAGACAGGGGAGAGGACUAUAAACAUGACAGCUGUGGCAGCUUUUUUUUAGUUUUUUUUGCGUCAUUACAUCUGGUGAAAAGUACGUACGUGAGGAUAUAAGCUUCAGGGCUGGUCGAUGACACGUUGUAAAUACAUUAUUAAAGGCUUCUGUAACAGUAAGAGGAAAAGGAAAUGGACUGUGAGACCUCUCCUGCAUUUUUUUCACCUCUCCGUCGAUGGACCACCGAAACGAAAAAAAGAAUAAAGCCUGCUGCUGUCUCCGUUGUC